GAUGCUGUUGCAUCCAUGGAAAUAUCUCUGUGGUUGCAUCAAUUAAUGUAGUUCUUGAUUACAUGUCCGUUUUGUAACGCUUGAUAUGAUUAUUCAUGAGGCCGAUUCAAGCCCAUAUCCAAGCAAAGAAGUAUGAGAAUAUACAGCACAAUAUCACUGUAGCAUCGAAAUCAUCCUUGAUAGAUGCAAAAAGCCAUGAACUCGUUGCUCCGUACAGCCAACUAUUCAUUGAACAAGCGCCACAUGGUGGUACGUGAGUCUCUACAGCAACAUCUCACCAUUGCCGUCAUGGAAAUGCAGAGCGCUCCUGGUGUGUUGGAAGCACAGCCUGUCGAAAUAUGCGAUGAAGCUUUGGCUCUGUGCUCUUGUCUCGAGGCCAUCUUUCUACAUGGGCUGAAGGAUAGCUUACUGAAUCGAGUCACUGAAGCUAUCAGUGGCCCGGAUUACGAUGCCAUGCCUCAGCCCAGCUUUUGGGGACCGCUGCUUGUCAUCUCUCACCGGCAGAUCAUCAAUCAGAUACAAGGACACAGUCAGCUGACAACAGAAGUAGGCUACUGCCGAGCCUGGAUCCGAUUAGCUCUUAAUGAGGGUCUACUUUCAAGCUACAUGUUGGCCAUACGUCGUGAUAAUUCGGCUUUGAAACCUUACUACAAUCAAGUGGCUUUUAUGCGUGACACCGACCUCGUGGAGAUUACUCAACGCCUCGUUGAGAGCGUUGACUACAUAUGCUUUAAUCUAGCUUCAAAUUCGAGCUUGCUCAACUUAUGGUCUAGCACGCCGCUCUUGAUGGCUGCAAUUUGGUCGCCGCCCAUGAAGUCUUGUCCCGUCUUUAGUGCCAUCGACAUUGCGAAGACGAUAAGCUGUGAGCAGCCGAACGACAACCUUGAGAACUCUGAGAUUGCCAACUCAAUUUUGAGUUCCUUCAACUUGACACAGAACAAUUUUAGUGGUGUAUCUGAGGACGAAACAUUUAAAAUCAUACUGGCUAGAAGAGUGGCACCGGUGCAGCAGCCUUUACUUGCGAGAACUUCGUUAAAGCCUCUACCCAUUGGUGAAAAGGAGUGCGGAAGAUUCGUAGAUGGAAAGUUUACAGUUGAAGCAGAGACGGCUGAAGAGCCUCUGAACCAUGACACAGCCAUACAUGGCAAAGCUGUAGAAAGUGCAGAUAAAGCGGAAACCACAGACACUAGGACGGUUGAAAAUAUUUUAUUUAAGAAGCAAAGCUGGUCUGCGGCCAUCAACGACAACGAAACGUCACUGGUCUUGUCCACAGUGUCGCGGACCUCACAAACGAUUGACGGCCCUCAGUCGCUAAGUGAAGGGCCGACCUAUAAUGCUUUGCUUAAAAGUUACCAAACUGCCGAAUACAGGUCCCCUAAUUUCAAAGAGCUCUUGGAGAAUUACCCGCUGUGUGAGCCAGUUGUGGCGGUGAUGGCUGACCCGAUGAUGACUGAGCCAUACGAGCGCCAGAAUUUCGACGAGCAGUUAGGCCAAUUAGCGCGUGAAAAGGGACUCGAUCUACAAAAUUACAACUGCCUUGAUUGCGGGCAACAAAUUGGAUUGACUUUUGCUAAGGCAAACGUGUGUAAUUUUUCUGGCGAUUACUUCUGCUGCAAUUGUAUGGCCGAUCAAGAACACCUCGUGCCUGCUCGUGUUAUUCACAACUGGGAUCUGAAACGUUACCAGGUCAGUUUGAAAGCAUCCCAAUACCUUGAUAAAUGCUCUACACUACUUGACUUCAAGAUCUUGAAUCCAAGAAUCUACUCUGCAGUGGACUUGAUGGCCCAAUUACAGACGCUCAGAGUACAACUGAAUCUACUAAGGGCUUAUUUAUUCACGUGCAGGGAGCCCACAAUCGAAUCCUUUUAUAAGAUGAUUGCCCCUAGGAACUACCUUUAUGAACACGUUCACCAGUAUACGGUUUUUGAUCUUUUAGACAUACCAAGUGGCACGUUGGCCCAACAAUUGCAAAAGGUUGUAGAGUUUGCCAGAAAUCACAUCAUUGGUUGUUGGCUAUGCAGCCAAAAAGGCUUUAUCUGUGAAAUAUGCAACAAUCCAAAAGUUAUUUAUCCGUUUGAUACGCAAUCAACUUACCAAUGUGGAUCCUGUAAUGCAGUUUACCACACAAACUGCCAGAACGCUAGUCAAUCUUGUCAAAAAUGUGAGCGUAUACAAAAGCGAAUGGAUUUGUCAUAAAUACGUGGAGUGCUGACACGGAACUUUUUUUCAGGGAGUGAUGAAUUGAUUCAUCGCAUUACAAAUAAAAAAAUGACUUGGAAGAUGAA